AUGUUACUGAACCUACACCAAGAGAAUAUGAUGCUGAACCUUCACCUAGAGAAUAGAGAAUAUGGUGCUGAACCUACACAUAGAGAAUAUGGUGCUGAACCUACACAUAGAGGAUAUGUUGCUGAACCUACACCUAGAAAAUAUGUUGCUGAACCUACACCUAAAGAAUAUGGUGCUGAACCUACACCUAGAAAAUAUGGUGCUGAACCUACACCUACACAUAGAGGAUAUGUUGCUGAACCUACACCUAGAAAAUAUGUUGCUGAACCUACACCUAAAGAAUAUGGUGCUGAACCUACACCUAGAAAAUAUGGUGCUGAACCUACACCUAAAGAAUAUGGUGCUGAACCUACACCUAGAGAAUAUGGUGCUGAACCUACACCUAAAGAAUAUGUUGCUGAACCGAAACAUAGAAAAUAUGUUGCUAAACCUACACCUAAAGAAUAUGUUGCUGAACCGAAAUAUAGAAAAUAUGUUGCUAAACCUACACCUAAAGAAUAUGUUGCUGAACCGAAAUAUAGAAAAUAUGUUGCUAAACCUACACCUAAAGAAUAUGGUGCUGAACCUACACCUAAAGAAUAUGUUGCUGAACCUAUAUGA